GCUACAGGGCUGUAAUCUCACUGUUCAGUGCUGUGAGAGUUUGUCUUCAGCUCUACAAUCCUCAAACUGUGUCCUGAGAGAGCUGGAGCUGAGUAACAAUGACCUGCAGGAUUCAGGAGUGAAGCUUCUCUCUGAUGGACUGAAGAGUCAACACUGUAAACUGGAGACACUGAGAUUGUCUGGCUGUAUGGUGACAGAGGAAGGCUGUGGUUUUCUGUCUUCAGCUCUGACUUCAAACCCCUCACACCUGAGAGAGCUGGAUCUGAGCUACAAUCAUCCAGGAGAUUCAGGAGUCAAGCUGCUCUCUGAACAACUGGAGGAUCCAAACUACACACUGGACAAACUCAAUCUGGACCAUGGAGGAGACGAGAGGAUUACAGCAGGACCGCGCAAAUAUGUCUGUUUCCUCACACUGGAUCCAAACACAGCACACACUCGUCUCAUUCUGUCUGAGGAGAACAGAGAGGUGAAGAGUGUGUUAGAGGAUCAGCCGUAUCCUGAUCAUCCAGACAGAUUUGAUGUCUGGUCUCAGGUGUUGUGCAGAGAGAGUGUGUGUGGACGCUGUUACUGGGAGACUGACUGGAGUGGAGAUCAUGUGUAUAUAUCAGUGUCAUAUAAGAGCAUCAGGAGGAAGAGACGAGGUGUUGAGUGCUGGUUUGGAUCUAAUGCUCAGUCCUGGAGUUUGAGCUGCUCUUCCUCCAGUUUCUCAUUCAGACACAAUAACACACACACUGAUCUCCCAGUAGAGCUGCUCAGCAGGAGAAUAGGAGUGUUUGUGGAUCACAGUGCAGGAACUCUGAUCUUCUACAACAUCUAUAGAGACACAAUGAGCCUCAUCCACUCAGUCCAGACCACAUUCACUGAGCCGCUCUGCCCUGGGUUUGAGCUUUAUAAUUCUGGAUCAUCAGUGAAACUGAGCUGAAGACUGACGAGAGAUUUACCCUCUGCAGGAGCUGUGUGUGUGUGUGUGUGUGUGUGUGUGUGCGUGUGUGUGUGUGUGUGUGAGAGAGAGACUUUUUUUUUUUUUUUACUUUUGACAGCCUUUUUAUUAAAGAGCCCAUAUUAUACAUGAAAUAGGGUCCUAUGUAGGUUGUAAGGGUCUCCAACAACAGUCUAAUAUGCAUGCAAGAUCUAAAAACACUUUGAUGGUCUUAUAAUCUGCAUUUAUUUGUACCUAAUUAUCCCAGCGACUCUCAUAUGAAUCGUUCAGCGAUUCAUUUGUUCCCAAACCCCUCCUCAGCGCGAAGCUAAUCUGCGCUGAUUGGACAGCCUGCUGCGAUUGGUCGACACGGACAAGGCUUCAGCGCGAGAGUGAAAUGCCCAGCUGCUAAUCUACAAUAUAAAAGUAGUCACAGUGCACACACGCUUCAUUGUGGAUUUUGGCUGCCAGUGGGUGAAUGUAAACACAGACGAUGGACUAGAAAAUACUGACGACUAACUAUUUUAUUGAGCAAAAAGUCCAAGAACUGGCGAGGAGAUCUAGGCUUCUUGUCACAGUCACAGUCUUCUUGCUCUUUUCACACACACACACACACACACACACACACACACGCACACACACACACAGGGCCUGCGCGUCCAUAGAGAAGCGGCUGAAUAGAGAGGGCGCGGCGCUCAGUUAUAUCCGCGAAUACCCGUGCGUUACACACACACUCGCGCACACACACAGGGCCGGCGCGUCCAUAGAGGAGCGGCUGAAUAGAGAGGGCGCGGCGUGGCGCUCCGUUAUAUCCGCGAAUACCCGUGCGUUACACACACGAGGAGACACACACACACACACACAGGACCGGCGCGUCCAUAGAGGAGCGGCUGAAUUGAGAGGGCGCGGCGCUCAGUUAUAUGCGCGAAUACCCGUGCGUUACACACACGAGGAGACACACACACACACACACACACACACACACACACACACACAUACAUUACUCCUACCUGAGGACACCACACACACGCCUAGAGCGCAAGUUCAGCUUGCUGGGUGCAAUUUAUACACCUCACCUCGAACCUGAGCUGAAAUAUUUUGAAACUUGAGCGUUGCAUGUGUGUAAACAGCUGACGAUACGUAAUCAAAGCGGCACGCGUCGCGUUUUCAACGUGGCUUUACACGCGAUAUGAGAAUAUAAAGAGAUAACCUGAUACAGCACACGCGGUUACAAGUAACAAAACACAACUAAAUACAGAAUGUGCAAGCUAGAGUAAACGAGGCAAUAAUUUUAAUCGCACGUACUUACACUGGUGAAAUGGGGGAAGAAACUGAUCCAUGAUGCACUGAUCCAUGUUCUGACAGUCUUUACUGAUCCUUCCUUUAAUAAACUGAUGAAGUCUUCUUUGUAAGCAUGUAGUUUCCAGAAGCACUCGAACUGCUCAAGACUGGACUAUACUGCUGAGGUUUCAUCUGUGGGUGAACUGUCCAUAAUCUCCAUCUGCACAGCGUGACUUCAUUCCACCGGUGUCUGUCUGUGUGUGUCUGUGUGUGUGUGUGUGUGUGUGUGUGAGACUUUUUUUCUGUUAGUGGGCGGGGCCGCAGGUUUCAAAUCUCCCGGGUUUGCGCGUGCAACUACUUGUGUUUCGUAGCUGCGUCAUCACGAAACACCUAAUGACUCGACUCGUUUGAAGCACUAUGAGUCGACUCUUUUAUAGAUGAAUCAAUAGUUUUAAACACUGUACACUUACAGAUUUAAGCCUGAGCUGGAUAUUUCACUUCACUUAGAGCUGUGUGACACACUACAUGGAAGGGCAUUUUCAAAAACCCAUAAUAUGGGCUCUUUAACAAAUGAUUUUUAAAACAAUCUCACAUCAAUUUAUUUAUCAGAGGAAAAAUAGUAAUCAAAUAAAGUGAGGAGAUAAUAAUAAAUAACCAAAUCUUCCAUCUUCCAUCAGUAUAUGUGAGAAGAUGAGCUCUUGUUCAUCCAGAAAACACAGCGCAUUAUCACAACACCACUCAAAUUCAGAAAUGUCCAAUGUGCUCAUUUGUUUGUAAAAAGCGUACUCGAUUAUUGAGUUAUUGAUCGGGAUUUGAACCUUUUCUUUAGAACUGAAACCAUUUCUUGAUCUCCCUUUUGAUCCGUUUAGUUUUUUCUCCUAACAUAAAUGGCAGAUUUAGCAGCACCAACUCUAAAAUGAAUCAACUGACAUUGAACUCUUUUCCUCCAACUAUAUUUGUACCCAAGAAUAAAAUCUCUUGUUGUAAAUACCACCUUAAAAACAGAAGUUCUAGAAUAUUAAAUAAAGAGGAAAGUCUGGAGCAAAGCAUAAAGCAAUGAAAAACUGUCUCUCUUUCAUCACAAAACAGACACAUUUCUCCAACAUUAGGAUUUAGCACAGCAACAAAAGAAUUGACUGCUAUGGCCCCGUGGAGUCUCCUCCAUUGAAGAUCACCCGCUCUGUUAGGUAAUGGUGCUUUAUAAAGGACAUUCCAUACUGGCUUUGUUAAUUCAGUCAUUUCUAACUUCUCUCUCCACACUGGAUCACUUCUAUUUUUUAGCCAGUUAGCAUUUGUUACUUUAAGCAUACAUUUCACAUUAUAUUCUUCAAGUAAACUCUUUUCUUGCAUAUUUAAAAGCUUAUUCAUCUUAUCUAGAAAAUGUUUCAUAAAGCGUACAGAUUUUACCCCCCAAAACGUUGACAUUGUUUCCACUUCUUUAAAAUCAGACCCUGUAUUAUUGACAAUAUGUUGGAUUUGUAUACAUUUGUUUUAUUGCAGCAUAUUCAUCAGACCUGGUAAAUCAUCACCUGAUACAGCAAAGCGUGCUCCACACACGACUGGCUCUUCAAGUAGCCAGCAAAUGGACAUUAAAGGUUCCUUCCAUUGAUGUUUAAUCAAAGACCAAACUUUAAAAAGACUUUGAUAAAAAGUAGGAAUUCUUUUCAGAUAAAGUUUCUUACAAUCCAUUAAAAACAAAGCAAUGUCCAGUCCCGUUCCAUUUACUCUACGCACAAUGCAUUUAGCAACAGGUAUCCAUGCCAAUCUUUCAGACCCUAACAUGAGCUUCUGCAAAAACUGAUGACGAGAAGUCGAACAUCUACUUGCAAGAUGUAUUAAGCCUUGACCUCCGUCCUCAUUAGCUAGAAAAAGAAUGCUUUGAGGGAUCCAGUGCAACUUGUCCCAAAAGAAAUGAACCAUUUCUGCUUGAAUAUUCGACAGAAAACCAACAGGAGGAUCCAGACAUGAAGCUUACGCCACAACAAUGAAGCUGCAAGAUUGUUCAUCAUUAAAAUACGUCCUUUAAAAGACAACUGAGGAAGCAGCCAUUUGCAUUUUGUUAAGCGCCCUGUUCAUUUAUCUUCCAUUCCUAUGCAGUUCUUUUGUAUAAAUGACUCCCCGCCGAGAGAAACACCAA